AUGGGUCUUCUAGCUGGGCUGCCGACGCCGAGUUCAAUGCUCUUGCUCUGCCUCGUCGCCGGCGCGUCGGCCCAGCUCGCGUCCCUGAAGCCCAUCGGCGCGUCGGCCCAGCUCGCGUCCCUGAAGCCCAUCGGCGCGAGCCAGGCGCUCGACGUGUCCGUGAGCGACGACGGCGCCUUCGAGCUGCGCUUCGGCGGGAGCGCGUGGUUCCGCGGCGGCGACGUCAAGGUGCGUUCCGACGGCGCGGCCUACUCGCUCGCGGAGAAGACGCUCAAGCACGUCCACACCACGCGGACAACCGGCGCCGACGGCUUCGGGGCCUACGAGGCCACGGCCGUGAGCUGGGACGCCGGCGGGUCGCCCUUCGUCACCGAGGUCCGCGCCUACGCGUCCGCCGUCAUCUUCGCGCAGCGCUUCCCCGCGGGCCUCGACGGCACGGGCCUCGAGGACGCCGACGACGUCGUCAGCGGCUGGCCGUCGCUGCGCGUUCGGGGCGACCGCGGCUUCGUUCACUGGCGCGGCGACAUGCUCGGGUCCCGGGCCGCCGUCGGCAACACGAGCAAUCUCACGGACCUCGCCGGCGGCCUCGAGGACACGGGCCCCGUCUGCUUCUUCGACGACGACGCGGCGGCCGUCGUCUCCGCGGCGUCGAGCUUCAUGAGCAUCGUCGUGGCGCCGGACGCGCUCUGCCGGGGCGCGCCGGCGCCCUGCGCCGGGGACCUCGUCGCCUUCGAGGCGAACGCCACGGACGCGCCCGUCGCCUUCUCGAGGGACCGGCCCCUCCGCGUCGCCCCGACGGACGAGUGGACCUUCGAGAUCCACACCGUCGCUCCCGUGCUGCCCAACGGCUGGGCGUUCCUCGGCGAGACGGCCAAGUGGAUCGCCGUCAGCAACGACCGCGUCGAGGCGAUCGCCUACGACGACGCGGGCGUCCACGUCACGGUCCGCGGCGCCGCGGGCGAGCGCGUCGACCUCGCGUUCCUCGCGCCCGGCGCGGCGCGGGCCACGCACCUCGCCUGCACGAUCCCGCUCGCGUCGGACCACUGGGAUGUGAACGGCGCCGGCUGUCCCGCCGUGCGCGGCUAUAUCACGGUGUCGUCGGCCCUGCCCGGCGAGACCGUCGACCUCAAGAUGAAGAUCGACGCCGGCGAGCGGCUGCGGCGCGUGGACGCCUUCCGCCUCGGCUACUACGGCGGCAAGGGCGCGCGGCGCGUCGGCGAGUUCGCGCUGCGGCCCGACGCGUCGGCGCUGUCGGCCGCGCAGCCGCCGUGCCUCGAGGAGCGGGCGACGGCGCUCUACGACUGCGGGCCCUGGGCCGUCGGCGCGAGCUUCGCGAUCCCGUCGGACGCGACGUCGGGCCUCUACUUUGCGCGCAUGGUCCUCGACGAUCAGGCCGUCGGCUGGCGCGCCGACGCGUCGCCCAAGGCCGUCGACCUGCAGCACGCCGUCGCGGGCCGCGACCCGGCCCUGCCGCCGGACGGGUCGCUGCCCCACGCUUACGGCGCCGGCGGGAAGAACGCGCUCCGCGACGGCUUCCGGCUCCGCGAGCCGCGCGCGGCGCUCGCGUUCUUCGUCGUGCGGUCGCGGAAACGCGGCGACCUCGUGUUCCAGACCGCGGACCUCACGUGGCACGCGUACAACGGCUACGGCGGCUACACGACCUACGGCGCCUUCACGUAUCCCUUUUUGCACGAGCCCUUCGACAAACAAUUCAUGAACCUGUCGGACCCGAGCCACGCGACGAAGCGGGCCUACAAGCGGAGCCUGAACACGCCCGUGAUCACGCGCGACUACCGGAGCGUGAACGCGCCCUUUGGGGCGGAGCUCGCGGCGAUCCGCUUCCUGGAGAGGAACGGCUACGACGUCCACUACUGCGCGGGCGCGGAUCUCGCGGAUGCCGCGACCGCGGACGACGUCCUCUCGCGCUCCCGGGCCUACGUGUCCGUGGGGCACGACGAGUACUGGACUUAUGAGCAGCGCGAGGCCCUCGAGCGCUGGCGGUCAAGGGGCUUGCACCUGAAUUUCUGGAGCGCGAACGAGGCCUACUGGGCCGUGCGCUUCCCGAAGGGCGACGCGCGGACCAUGGUCAUCUACAAGGAGACGCAGUCGCUGGAGAAGCUCGACGCGCCGGGCGAGUGGACGGGCACGUUCCGCGACGCGCGGGCCGUCAACCCCCGGGGCGCGAUGCCGGAGAACGCGCUCACGGGCACCAUGUUCGCCGCCAACGCGCAGCGCGUCGACCCCGUCGUCCUCGACGGCGCGCGGUUCGGCGCGCACCGCGCGUGGCGCGGCACGGCCGUGCGGACGGGAAAACAAACGCGCGUCGCGCUCGCCGGCGUGCUGGGCCACGAGUGGGACGAGGUCGUCGACAACGGCGCGUCGCCGCCUUUGCUCCAGAAGCUCUCGGAGACGUCCGUCGACAACGUGCAGUGCAUCAUGGACCACGGCGCGACGUUCGACUCGGGCUCCGCGACGCACAAUUUGGUCUAUUUCCGAGACCCGGCCUCGAAGGCGUGGACGUUCGGGGCGGGCACGGUGCAGUGGGCCUGGGCGCUGGACGCCACGCACGACGCCAACGACCCGCAGCGCGCGAACAAGUACAACAUCCGCGUCGAGGAGGACGCGCGGGGUCCCGACCGCGACCUGCAGCAGCUGACGGUGAACGUGUUCCAGGACAUGGGCGUCCUCCCCGCGACGCUCGACCCGACCCUCCGGCUCGUCCACGAUGCGGUGGACGACGAGCCGCCGGCGGUCACGCUGAGCUCCGCGGCGGUCGUCGGCGGCGUCGCCGUCCUCUCCGGCGGCGCGUCGGACGCGCGCGGGAACGUGGGCGCCGUCGAGGUGUCCUGGUCCCCGGGCCGCUGGCACCUCGCGACCCUCGACAGGAUCGCGCCGGACGUGACCUGGAGUCUCCGCUGGGGCGACGAGCCCUGGCAGCUCCUCCACGGCGCGCCGCCGGCCGCGUUCGGCGCCGUCGACCUCCGCGCGGCCGACGACUCCGGCAACGUCGCCGCGGCGCGCGUCGUGGCCUCGCGUCCGGAGCUCUAA